AUGGAGGAGGACGUGGUGGAGGGUGUGGACUGGUGGCCGCUGCUGGCCUUGUUUCUGGCGGCACUGCUGGCCUCGGUGACGUCGGCCCUCACCGCCUUCGGACUGGCCAUCAUCUUUCACGUGGUGCUGCAAGCCCUCUUCAUCUUCGGCCUCCUCCAAGUCGAGCUCACGGAUGUGGUAGUCUACAUCCUCAUGAUGGGUCCCUUCACUCUCUGGCCCAUCUUCAUCCUCUACUGGAAGGAGAUCGAUUGGCGCCUCUUCGGUCUCAUCUUCCCUCCCAAGGUGCUGCUCACCUUGGCAGGCACCUACCUCCUCGUCUCUUUCGAUUCAUCGACGCUCAAGAAGAUUCUGGGGGCGAUCCUGCUCGUGUUCUCGAUUUGGAAGUGCUACGUCGAAUUCAAGGGGCCGUUGGGCGCAUUCUUCACCUCCAUCCGAGAACGUGGACUGCAGCGAGACCGGACACGAAGCGAUUUCUCAAAUCUGGGCGAAGAUGCAGCCACCAACCUCGGUGAUUCAUCCAAUCUGGCCGAUUGGGAUGAAGAAUUAGAUCUGAAAAAGCCGCUACUCGAAUCCGUCGCUGUCGACGACUGCGAAGAGGAACUGACCACUCCCAAGAGGCCGCCCUUCUCCUACCCCAUGAUCGCCCUGAUCGUAGCGUGCGCCAUCGGGUCGGGCCUCAUGGGCGGCAUGUUCGGCGUGAGCGGGCCGCCGCUCAUGAUCAUCAUCACCUUUGCGCCCCUCGAAAAGGGACCCCUGCGAUCGACCUUCAUCGGCAUCUUCGCCCUGACCAACAUCCCACAGUCCUACUUCCUCUAUCGGGAGGGACUGUUCUCCUGGGAUGCUGCUCCAUCCUAUGCCGCGGUGGCCACCGGCGGGCUAUUGGGGACCGUGGUGGGCAAUGCCCUCUACAAAUACAUGUCCACUCAGGCACGCUUCCUCUCUAUGCUGAUGCGCGGAAUCCUGUUCCUGCUCAUCUGCUCGUGUCUCACGCUGCUGGACCUGCCCAACUGGGCGCUCAUCACCUUCUGCGCCGCUUUCGUCAUCGGCACGAUCGGCUUUUUUGCCGCCAACGCCUUGCUCGGUGGCCACAAUCGCAACGGCGAGACACCAUCGUCACCAUCACUAUCUCCGCCCGCGCCGCCACCAGCAACGCCGCGCAAGACCACCUACUCCACAAUCUCGUAG